AAGCGAACACCCUCCUUCUGCUUUUUAGUCAGCUCCAGCCACUGUUGUGACCGGACUUUGAGGGCCGGGGAGCGGCUACGACCGCGCCGAGGCCUCAGAAACGAGCGACAAGCAAGCGAGGCCUGGGCUAUGAGAUCAACAUUAUGGAAAACCAAGUGACUGAUUCUUCUGAAGAGCGUACAUUUCAGCACCAGAGUUCUCUUCCUUCGUUGCCAGUUCCUGCUCUUGAUGAGUCUUUAAAGAAAUACCUUGAUUCAGUGAGACCUUUCCUAAAUCAAGAAGAAUAUCAAAGAACUCAGGAUAUAGUAAAAAGGUUUGAAAAUGGGAUUGGGAAGGAACUGCAGCAAAAACUGCUCGAAAGGGCUAAAGUGAAGAGGAAUUGGCUGGAGGAAUGGUGGCUGAAUGUGGCCUAUCUUGAUGCCCGUUUACCAACACAAAUCUAUUAUAAUUUUGGAGGGCCAGCCCCGUACAUUGAACAUUACUGGCCACAGAAAGAAGGGACACAAAUAGAAAGAGGAUCCAUAAAUACAUGGCAUACCUUGAAAUUCUGGGAACUAUUGAGAACAGAAAAGUUGCCUGUACAUAAAUCUGGUAAUAUUCCUCUGGACAUGGACCAGUUCCGAAUGCUGUUUUGCACCUGCAAGGUUCCAGGAAUUACACAAGAUUCCAUUGCCAGUUAUUUCAGGACAGAGAGUGAAGGUGAAUGCCCAUCUCAUCUGGUAGCUCUGUGUCGAGGUCGCAUUUUUGCAUUUGAUGCUGUGCAUGAUGGUCAUAUCUUGAGCCCACCAGAGAUUAUGAGGCAACUUUCCUACAUCCAGAAGAGGUGCCACAAUGAACCUGAGGGGCCAGGAUUGGCUGCCUUAACAACUGAGGAAAGAACCCCGUGGGCAAAGACACAUGACUAUCUGAUCAACCUUGAUCCAAAGAACCUGUCCCUGUUGGAAAAAAUACAGAGCAGCUUGUUUACAGUGUGCCUAGAGGAAGCAAGUCCUCAGGCUAACCCUGAAGAUUAUACAGAGGUCACCAGGUUGUCGCUAGCGGGAGAUCCGACGCUGCGCUGGGGAGACAAAUCCUAUAACUGCAUUACAUUCUCAAAUGGAACAAUUGGCUCAAACUGUGAUCAUUCCCCUUUUGAUGCCAUGGUUUUGGUCGUCCUCUGUUCUUUCAUUGAUUCCAAAAUCAUUGAAACAGAGGGAAGAUGGAAGGGAUCAGACAAAGUGCGUGAUAUCCCUUGGCCAGAGGAACUUGUCUUCAGGUUGGAUCAAAAAGUGCUAAAAGACAUUGCUCAUGCGAAGGAGAAGUAUAACAAGCAGGCAUCCGACAUACAAUUGGUGAAUUAUGCCUUUACAUCCUUCGGCAAAGCAUUAAUCAAGAAACAGCGGCUUCAUCCUGAUACAUUUGUUCAGCUUGCUCUCCAGCUAGCUUAUUAUAAACGUCAUGGACACCCAGGUUGCUGUUAUGAAACUGCUAUGACCAGACGUUUUUAUCAUGGCCGGACAGAGACUAUGAGACCGUGCACUGUGGAAGCAGUUGAAUGGUGUAAAUCCAUGCUAGAUCCAGCCUUUGCUCCCAGCCAACGAAAACAACUUAUGCUGAAGGCAUUUGCAAAGCACAAUAAACUGAUGAAAGAGUGUGAGAAUGGAAGAGGAUUUGACCGUCAUCUUUUAGGCCUCAUGCUUCUGUCCAAAGAGCACAGCCUUCCUAUGCCAGAGCUCUUCUUAGAUCCUGCUUUCACUAGAAGCGGGGGAGGCGGAAACUUUUUGCUUUCGACUAGCCUGGUUGGCUACACCAGAGUUGGGGGAGCUGUCGUUCCAAUGGUGCACGACGGUUAUGGCUUUUUCUAUAGAAUUAGAGAUGACAGGAUUGUUGUGUCCUGUACCGCCUGGAAUUCGUGCCCAGAAACAGAUGCAGAAAAUCUGUGUAAGAUUCUAUUCCAGUCUUUCCAGGAUAUUGUCAAAUUGAUGACCACAGCCCAGCUGUAGAAAAGAUACUGAAAUUAUGGUGCCUUUAAUCUAUAUAUGUGCAUUAUCAUAUAUACAGAACACUUGAGGAAUGACCGUAUUGGUCAAGGAGAGUGUUUAGUGAUAGUUCACAACAUAGGCUAGGCAGGAAUAAUACAAAACCUUUUAAAUGAGAUUUACUGCAAUAACAAUGCAAUUUUCCUUGAAGACGUUUGCAACAGAAAUGCAAAACAUGACAAAUUCUCAGUAGAAACUAUGCAAUCUUAAACUAAGCCUCAGCAAUGCAAGCAUGAUUGAAUUAGUGGGAGUUUAGAAAACAGUUUAGCCUAAUUGUUUUUAUGACCUUCUUAGUGAUAGAGGUACAGGAAGAUUCUAUUCAAAUGACCCUGGUUUAUAUCAGUGGUGCAUAUACUGUGUAUCUUAGAGCAGCAUUUGCAGGAAUAAUGGAUCAUGCUUCUUCUCUAAAGGAGAUGCUUACCCUGUUUCCCCGAAAAUAAGACAGUGUCUUAUAUUAAUUUUUGCUCCCAAAGAUGCGCUAAGUCUUAUUUUCAGGGGAUGUCUUAUUUUUCCAUGAAGAAGAAUACGGUACACAUUUAUUGUUGAACAAAAAAAAAAGGUCUUAUUUUUGGGGGGAUGCCUUAUAUUACAGCGAGAGGCAAAACUGGAAGUAGGUCUUAUUUUGGGGGGAUGUCUUACUUUCGGGGAAACAGGGUAUCAUGACCUUUAGCAUUUCUAGCUUCUAAAGUAAUCAAGAAAGGUGUUGGAAUACCUGGAAUUAUUGAUUUUUGUACUUUUUAGCUGCUGUCCUUUAUAUAAUGCAAAUUUUGUAACUCAGAGGCUAUUCUCUAAACAAAAGCUUUGGAUUGUGAUAACUUGAGAAACCUGUUUUAAAUUUUGUUUUUAUCUUCCAAACAAAGAGCAGAAAGUGAAACCUUAACUGAAAGUUUACAAUAUAUAAUGUGGAAGUUAGAAACUGCUGCUUCAUGUGUGUAGCUCAACAAGAUUCUCAGGACUGCAGACUUCCUUGGCAUCUUAAAAGGAGGGAUUUGUUUUUAUCAACAAUGUAUUUUCUUCUCUUUGAAAUAAAGCCACCUUAAAGACCA